CUCCCCACUCCAAUUAUAUAACCCCCAACGGCCAUCACAAAAUAACAAGAGUGUAGUAUACUCCCCAAUUCCAUGAGACUAUAGAAAAAGGGAUGGGACGGAAUACCAGUCUUGAAAACUAGUCAAUGUGGUGGAAUUACUACUUGUCCAUUCCCUCCCCUAUUUUAAUUCCUAGCUACUACAUCACUGGCUUGCUUAUGCUAGCUGCUUCCUCCCAUCUCCCCUACUAAUUAUUCCCAUCACAGUCCUCUCUUCUUCCUGCCCCCAUAUCAUUCCAAUCCUAACAUGGUGCGUCACAUAGACUGCAUGUAGAGAGGCAGACGAGGUCAAGGACAAGCGGUGGAGGCCAGGAGGCCCGGGCAUGGGGGAGGUGAAGGAGAAGGAGGCGCUGGCGGAGAUCCUUGAGGACCAUCGGAAGGGAUCUUCCGAUGACACCCUACCACCCGCGGGGCUGGACCUCAACGAAGGCUUCAGCGAGGCAAGCGACGACGGGAGAGACGGCGACGAGAACUACGACGACGAUGGCGGUAGCACAAGCGAGGUUGCUGGAGGAGGCAGGAGCUCAAGCAACAACAACAGCACCAACCAUGAAUCAGAAAGCAGCAGGGGUCGUCAUGACAAGGCCGAGGGCAGCGGCGAGAGGGUGCCCACGGUGCGGCAGUACAACCGGUCGAAGCACCCCCGGCUCCGCUGGACGCCGGACCUCCACAUGGCGUUCCUCCAUGCCGUCGAGCGGCUGGGCGGCCAAGAGAGAGCAACGCCAAAGCUGGUGCUUCAGAUGAUGAAUGUGAGGGGGCUCAACAUUGCUCAUGUGAAAAGUCACUUGCAGAUGUACAGAAGCAAAAAGAUAGAGCACGAGUCCAGCCACGAGAGGGCGGCCAUGUCCUCAGUCUUUUCGCCCAUGAAUUUCCACAUGAGGAGAGGGGACCAUCCGUUCCACGACAUGUUCUUCCAGCAGCGAGCUGCCGGCUCGACGCUCACCUCCAGGUUCAACGACGGUGGGGUCUUCACGCCGAGGAAUGCCGGCUUCCCGGAUGCUAGCCGGAUUUACGGGCUCCUCCAAUGCCGGCAGCCUCCAUUACAAACCUUCGACUUCAAGAACAGCACGAGCCUUAGGAAUCAAGAAUGGGCGUUCACCCAGCACGCGGCGGCGGCGAGGGCACGCGCGGUUAAUGACAAUGGUCCGGGGAAAGGGCUAAUCCACGAGAUGAUCUUCAGGAAGGACGGCAAGCCGACGUCGCAUUUGUUCGACGUGAGGGACGCCGCCGCCUCCAGCGGGACGACGUCGCCGUCAACAACAACAACAACCACGAGCCAAGCCGACCGUAGGCCAGAUGGCGCAAAGAUGGGAAGCAUGAAUUGGAUCGGCAGCAGCUCUCGGCCGCUCUCGAAGACAAUGUCGGCUACUGGUUUGGAGCAGGGCGGCCACGCUCAGCUCCCAUUUAGGUGGCGAGGUGCCGCCGGCAGCAAUGGCUGCCACCCCAACGGCAACACUGGCAGAACAACGUCAUCUUCAGAUCCCGUGGUGACAUGUGAAGCAGGUUCCCCGCUCUUGCUGCCGAAGCAGGGAGUGCCGAGGACUCCAGCCAAAGCUACUGAGGAGACGAGCAUCGGAGCAGACGCGAGGAAAACGAAGGCAUCGGCUGCGGCGGAGGAGAACGGGUGGGCGCCGGAGUUGCAGCUAAGCCUGAGCCCCAACGCGGCGGCAGACACUGCAGGAAGGGGCAAGAAGAGGAACAGCGCUGGGCAGGAGGUGAGCAGCGACAAGGUGCCACUCUCUCUCUCGCUGUCAUUACAUGGUGGCGUCGUCGACGACGACGACGGUGGUGGCCGGGAUGGCAGGAGGUUAGAGGUAGCGACAGGUAGCAGCAGCAAGAAGGCCGCUCUGGGGCUGAGUACUUUGGAUCUGACCAUGUCGAUCAAGACAUUGGAGUGAGAUCUUUCAAGUACUUGUCCCAAGGCCUUCCAAAACUUGCACACUGCACCAUGCGAUUAAUUAAUAAGAUUGUUGAUCUAAUUUAACCAUGCAUGCUUCCGGACAAAUAUAUAAAUAUAUAUUUCUUAUCUUGAGUGACAUGUAGUAGCUAGGAUGACUGUUCUGCCACAUUAUAUGGUCACAUGCAUGAUCAAAACAAAAUUUUGUCAGGCAUGGUAUCAUUGGGCUUCUAAAUCAUAUAUAUCUGUAAAAAAUGAAACAAAAUGCACACUUAUUAGUCAAACGCUUAAUCAUAAUUACAAUUUUUGUUGCCAUAAGAGUUUUUUGGGUACAUUAGGGCAGUCUUAUACCAAAUACACACUUAUCGAUCAAACCGUUAAUCAUAAGAUGCACUAUAUCUAAUUACUGGCAUUCAUAAACAUUCCCUCCGUUCACAAAUAUAAUAUGUUUUGGAUAUUUUCAUAUGGAGUACAUACAGACUAAAAUGAGUGAACAAACGCACUAAAACGUGUCUAUAUAUACACCUGAUUCAGAAAAAGUUAGAACAUCUUAUAUUUGUGAACGGAGGAAGUAGAUGUUUAAUGAGAUAUAUAGUGCACCAUAUAUAAUGACAUUAAGCUCUCCUAGUGCACUAUAUCGUUUUAGUGUUAUACAUAUCUAAAACAACACCCUUAUCUAGUGUCUUUUGUGAGAGAAAAUUUAUGAGAUAUUUUGAAUUUGGUGCUAAGAUCUACAUCUGGAAUUCGGGAUUAAGAUAUGGUUUGCUUUCUCUUUCCUCAUGAAAUUGGGUGCCACAUCAUAUUUUUAGUUAUGAACCUAUGCUAAGAUACAAGCAUACAUAUCCAUAAACUCGUUUUUUUGGUCAUAAAUAAACUGGUUUAAUUUGUUCUGGUGCGCAUGCUCAAAUACUUAAAUUUUCUAUACUAGAUUAGGAUGUGCAGUACUUGUUACACGGCCCCGCUCAAAAAAGGUACGUGUUACCCAGUGUAAUUUAAGCGCAUCACGGUUAGUCUGGAAUGUUCUAGAAAGUAGCUUCACCUUCCAUACUUUUUAUGAUUAUGUAUACAACUCAGCUCAAUUAAAUUAAAAUUAGUUAUAUCAUCGACUCAUCGUAGAGUAUUAGAAAUUAUAGGUAACCCACUAAGUUAUAUAUGCUAUGUUUCAUGGUUGCCAUUUUGAUUUCAUGAGAAACGUGAAAUCAUACAUACAUAUCUAUUUAUUUCACCUAGAAACUGCAUAAAAUGACUGAGACUAACAACAUAAUAGUAUUAUGCAUGUUUAAGCAUUUGUUGAUGAAAAAUAAGACUUGUAAGUUCCACAGUGACAUAUAUCAUAUUAGUUUCAGACGAGAUUGAUAAUAUUAUGCUUUUAGACAAGAUUGAUAAUGUUAGCCCUUCACGCCCAAUUGAGCAUUUUGAGUCCGGCUCUUGUCAAUCGCACCCUUAAAAUAUGUUUACAUCUAUCUUAUACAAAAACAUAUUUAGGGUGGAGGCAUUGUGGGUAUGUCCAUGUACUAGCCAGUAUUCAAGACAGUGUAUAUUUUUUUAUUUUAGUUCGAUAUAAAUUUCUGAAGUAUAAUCUUGCCUAGAUUUAUCCACCAGAUCCAGUCAAGUACUUGUUCUAAAAUUGGAAACAUUGGCUGUCCAACAAUCUCCUAACUAAAAAUGACUGUGAUGCUUAAUCUUUAUGUAGUAGUGUUGUAACACCAGCAAAGUGUACUUAACUAGUUUUCAUAAUAAAAUUCAUUUUGCAAGAAUAUAUAGCAAAAUUUUGGAUGGAAUAUUUAAUAGCAAUAAGAUGUCAUUUAGUUUUGAUCUAGAAUUUAAUGCCCAUAUAUAUAUACAAUAUGAGGUAAACGCGGAAAUAACAAUUUUGUUGUUUGCACUUAAUUGAUGAUAUAUAGUGGGUAACAUGGCGUUAUAGUCCAGCAUGUAUAAUGGCAUGGCAUAUCUUUAUCAUAUUAUGUGCCUGUAUACUUAUAACUCUUCUAGAUGAAAGUUACAGAGAGCUUUUUCGUUCUACAUGAGUUCAAAUGAUCAACUGCAACAUGCAUGUUCCAUUAACAUGAUAUUAAGUACUGUAAAAAAAGCAUAUCAUACUAUCGCAUAUUUAAUUGUACCAUCUCCCUCCUAUCCAAAAUAAGUGUCGCGGUUUUGAACUAAAGUUAGUUCAACCUUAGUUCAAAGUUGUGACACUUAUUAUGGAUCGGAGGGAGUGUAUGAUAUUACCUCGGUCCUGAAUUAGUUAUCUUCAAUUUGAUACAUUCGUAUCUAGACAAAUCUAAGACAACUAAUUGUCUUAGAUUUGAAACAUCCAUAUCUAGACAAAUUCAAGACAACUAAUUUGGGACAGAGGGAGUACAUACAUUCGCCCAUAUAUCAUAUGCAUUGAUAGCAAAUAUGCAAGUUUUCGCUUCUCGUGAAAAAAUUUCAUUUGUAGGUUUAACUGCAAAGUUCAAACUUAUUUGUUUUUUUCUUCAUGCCCCUCAAUUAAGUUCAUACAUUAUACAGAUGAUUUAAUGGAAAACAAGGAAAUGUCGCAAUAUUAUCUUUCAUAUCUCGGGAGGAUAUUCUUUCUCUAACCAGCUCACUUCACUUUUGGGGAGCAACUGGGAUGCGUUCCUUACAAACAAUAUUUUUUUAAUGUAUGUGUGCAACUCAUAUAAACUCUUGUUACUCAUAUAUUAGAACAUGUUAAAUUGGUCAUGUUUUACUCAUACCGCUAUACUCCAUAUGUCCAAAAUAUAUAUUAG